AUGAAUUUUGAAUCUGAUGAUACCGAUAAUGAUGAUAAUAUAUUACUCGACAACGAUACUUCAACGGAUGAAAGUGAAUAUGGUAAAAAUUCGAAAACUAUGCUUAUUGAACAUAAGAACAAACCAUCAAAUACUCAAUCCGAUUCCUCUUACAAUACUUAUUUAGAAAUAUAUGAACAAAUAUAUAAAUUCUAUUGUGUCGAUGAACAUAAAAAAUGGCAAUUAUUAUUCAAUGAUAUUAUUAAACAAUCAUCAACACCUUAUCAAGUACUUUAUAUGUUUUUGGAUCAUACAUUAAGUACAACAAAUAAUAAAAAACAUAAAAUGGUUAUACCAUUUAUUGAACAAUUUAAACAAAUAAAAUUAUCAAAUAAAAAUAUAGAAUUAGAUGAAACAAUUAAACAUAAUAUUCUAUUAAAAAUUUGUCGUCGAUGUAUAUUUAGUCAAUUAGAAUCCAUAAUUGAUAUAUUUGAUUUACGUUCAAUAGAUAAUCGAUUAAUAGUUAUUGAUUUUAUAAAUAAACAAAUUGAACAACAUCAAGAUUUAAUAUUUAUUUCACAAUUGACGAAAAUUUUAAAACUUUUAGAAAUUAAUGCAAUAUCAUUUGAAAAAAUUAUUAUACCACUUAUAUUUAAAUCACAAUGGGAAACUAUUAAAUUUAUUGUUGAAGAUGAUAAAAUACUUCAAAGAAAAUUACUUCAAACAAUUGAUGUUUUAAUUUCAACCGAUAAAAUAAAAGUUCGUAGUUUAUUGACUCAAUAUUCAAGUAAUAUAAAUUCAUAUUAUAUUGAUAUGCAUAUAUUAAAACGUGCUGCAAGAAAAUUACUUAAACAAUAUAAUUUUGAUUUACAUGAUUUUCCAAAUUUAGCAAUGCAUGAAAAAAUAACUUUUCUUAAAACACUUUUUGUAAGAAAAUAUUUAGAAAGAAAAAAUACUUGUGAUGACGAAGAUGAUCAAUCAUGGAAUGAACAAAUUAAAGAAUUAAUUCAUGAUAAUCAUGAUUUAAAAAUAAAAUUAAUUGAUCUCUGUAUUGAUUAUACUGAUCUUGAUUCUGCUGUUGAAUGGACUCGUUUUUAUAAUCUUGAAGAUUUUGAAAUUCCUGAACAAGUACAAAUUCAUCGUCAAAAUAUUCUUAAAGGUGAUACAAUCACUCAAACAAUAUCAAUUAAACCAUCAAGUUGUUUAACUAAACAAAUAAAAGAUAAUAUCUAUAAACCAACUGUUAUUCUAUCAGAUAUUGUUUAUAUUGAACUUGAUUCUGAUGUUGAUCCAUUUUUGAAUCGAUUUGAAUGUGCUCGUUGUAAUGUUGGUUCACAUUUACCAUUUGUUGGUUUUGAUUGUGAAACAUUUAUGGAUCCAACACAACGAACACUUAGUUCUCAAAUAAUAUCAACAAUUCAAUUAGCAAGUUUAUUAUUAUCACGUAAUCAAUAUUUAUAUGGCAUAUUUGAUAUGCUUGCAUUACGUUUACAAUUUGAUAUAAAAUCUUUGGCUGAAUUAGCUCAACGUCUUUUUUGUUCACGAGAUUUUAUUCUUCUUACAUAUAAUUAUGCUUGUGAUACAUCAUCACUUAUUGAAAAUUAUCCAUCAAUGAAUGAUGCACUUAUGCAAGGAACAGCUGUUAUUGAUUUAUUUCGUGUACAACAAUAUAUUUCUGAACAUUUUCCUCAAGUAUUUCCAUAUUACGAUCCAUUAUUAAAUUCAAAAUCUCGUGGUUUAAGUGAAUUAGUUCGUCUUUGUUUUGGUAAACCACUUGAUAAAUCUAUGCAAACAAGUGAUUGGCGAAAACGACCACUUAAACAGGCACAACUUAUAUAUAGCGUAUUAGAUGCUCGAGUUCUUGUUGAUAUUGCAUUAUUAAUUGAAAAUCGUACACAUAGUUUACAAAUACCAUGGUCAUGGUCGCAUUUUAAAGGUUAUAUAUGGACAAACAAAGCAUUUAAAAAACGAGUUGGUAUGAGUCAAAAAUUAGAGAAUAGUUAA